UAUAAUCAAGUCCGUUUGUGUUUUGAUUAAGUUUCAGGGGAAAAAUGUCAGCGACGCAUUUUCGAUGUCGCGGCCACAAUUCUUUGGCUUCGACACGCAUCUUCCAGUGGAGGAUUGGGGAAACGGAUACAUCGGCGGUACGCCGGAUGAUUUGGAGUACGACGCUUUGAACGACUCGGGGGAUUUGGUCCGGUUUGAGCAGAGGAAGGCGAGGUUGCAGCUGGAUCUGAGCGUGUGGAUGAUGCCAAGCAUGCCGAGAAAGCCGAGGCUGCAGCAUCUGGUGCCACGUCCGGCGAUGCAGCAGCUUCAUUCGCAGAGUUCGUUGAUGGCGACGAUGCAACAGCAGCAGCAACAGCACCAUCAGAGGAUAGGCGGGGGGACAAAUGGUUCGAUCUGAAUACGAACAAACAGACGGCGCAGCAUUCGAUGCCCCGCCGCCGGAAGUUCCCAACAGUUUCC